CAAUGCUCAGGGUCUCACAGUGCUUGUGUUACCGGAUUGCACGCUACCUGUUCAGGCUGCUCCGCAGAGAGGAGGCUCGCUGGGAAGUCUCUGCCAUGGCAUUCUUUGUUGAGCUCCUGCCUUGCCUUAACUUAGAUAAAUGGGAUGAACGCAUCCUGCAGCUUGUCCCAAUCUACCUCAGGAGAGAUUGCAGAGAGAUGCGUCUCCUGCUGCUCAGAUGCCUCUUGGUGCUCUGCAAGAGACCCUCUAUGGCCAACUCAAUCGUGGCCCUGACUGAAACCUUCACAGAGGUACUGAAGGAUAAAGAUGGAGAGGUGACGGGCAUGACCCUUUCUGUGCUCAGCAAGGUGCUCCGGGACGCAGACCUGUCAGUUGUCAGUUCCAUUGCUGUGCAGCUGGCUGAGGCACUCCUGCCACUGUUUGAGAACGACACUAGCCAUGUGCAGCUCCUGUCCAUUCGCCUCUUUCAAGUGCUAAUGGAGUUGGUAGCAGAAGAGGAAGAAAAGCUCCUGGAGAAGAAUGUGCACCAGAGCCUAUUACCACUCUUUUAUCACAUGUAUGAUGAGAACCAGUGUGUGGUGCAGGCCUCUUGGGAAACCCUGCUUCAAGCAACAAAGUUCCUGAAGAAGUGGAAUCUUGAGGAGCUGCUGGAGACAGAGGAGAUGUGGAGGUUCGGCGAGUGCCUGCUGGCAGAGGACAGAAGCAGAGCAGACGAGUACCUGCGCCAGUCUGUGUCAUACCUGCAUAGUCCACAGAAGUCCAUGCGAGAGGCAGCCAUCAGGCUCACUGCACGUCAAGGCACGACAAAUAACUUUAGCACCUCCAUCUCAAACCUCGCAACUCAAACCCUGCACUUUCUAAGAGCUGUAGAGAGACAUCCUUCCUUCAGAUUCAGGCUGCCACAAAACCAGCUCCGCAUGGCGUGGAGGAGGCGGCCCUCUCUCUUGGACAAUGGCUGGCCUUCUAUCUGCUACAGUGGUCGCCCACACUGCUGGAGGUCUCUGCAGAGCUAAUCCUGGGAGCUCUGUCUGCUAGGGCCACCUGAGUGUGCAGGAAAUACUAGGUGGCUUCUGGCCUCUCCCGACCCACAGGACAACUCUUCUCUAAGACCAUUUUUCUUUGUCUUUUAAGGAAAGUUCUUUUAUGCAAAUAUCAUCACUAGUUCAGGACCUUUUAUCUCAGGCUCCUGCCACCCAGAGCCCAAUUUACAGCUUGCACUGCAGCUGCACACUGACCUAUCUGCACUGAAUGUACUCCUCAACAGUCCUAACUUUGUUUUAAUUGAGCAUACCAGCUAAUACAUUGAAAGGGACAAAAGGAAAGUUUCAAGGCACUUAACCACUGCCCUAACAUACAACAUUAUAACAAGUAACAAACUUAACACAAUUAAGGGCAGAAGUGAUCAUCAAUAUAAAAUCACACAGGAUUCUCAAAAGUCUGUUACUCAUCAUUCACUACUUGUUAACGUACUGGGACAAGUAUUCAUCUCCAUCUAACAAGCUGGUCUUAACUGGGCUAUAAGUUCACACACAGAACAUGUUGAGUUGGAAGGGACCUACAAGGUCCUUAAGUUCAACUCUUAAAUGAAUGACCCAUAUGGGGAUCGAACCUGCAAACUUGGUGUUAUUAGCGCCAUCUUCAAACCAACUGAUCUCUUAAUGACAUAUUCAGUUGAUUGAUUAUAUUUGCUGUAAAAUGAGCACCCCUGUCUGGUUCAAUUGACUUGGUGCCCCUGCUGCAACUGGAUCUGGUUGCGAGAGAUCUCUCAUCAGGUCCGAAUCUCUACAGUACCUCUCCACUAGCUAUUUUCUGGCUCCUAGUUCUCAGUUGCCUCAGUCAGAGACUUAGCCAUUUCUCCUGACUGGGAAUCCCAUAGCUCCAAGAAAACCAGACGUGGGAGUUUAAUUAUGGCCUCUAUUUUUUCUGGAUCUAUCACUCAUUGCCCCUUCCCCAAAAUACAGGCAAAUAUUUAUCUUUCCUUUUGACACAGCGGAAGUUUGGAUGGAGAUGCAUGCUGUUCCCUUUUUGCUAGUGCAAUACAUCUAGUAUACAAGCAUUCUCAUCGCAAUUUGCUAAUGAGAAAUCCCCUACAUGAACCGAUUGUACAAGAGCUGAUACCGAAAUAAAUGUAUACGUAGAAAAAUAUGCUUUUAUAAUUUUUUUUUAAA